GAAAAAUGUUCUACAACGUAAGAAACAGUCAUUAUCUUUUACCUUUUCGUUUUAUACACACGCACAUCACAAAUUUCCUUGCAUGCGAUCCACAUAUGCGUGACUAUUGUAUGAGUUUAUUUCACUUUAAUUGUUUUACAUGAUUUGCGAGUUCACAUAUAAGGGCGAACCACCCCCUGACAUUCUUACUGCCGUGUUUUACUGACGUGAAACUUUGUAUUACAGAAAUUCAAAAUUAUGAAAUGACAGCGUGAUACAAUCAAAGGAUUAUAAGUAUAUAAAAAUGACUCAAUCGCAUUACUCCCUGAGGUGGAAUAAUCAUCAGACCCACAUUUUGGCGGCUUUUGAUGCCCUACUGCAAGCGGAAACUCUGGUAGACGUGACGCUAGUUUGCGCGGAAACCUCCGUAAGGGCCCACAAGGUGGUCCUGAGCGCUUGCUCGCCUUUUUUCCAGAGGAUAUUCUCGGAGAACCCCUGUAAACACCCAGUGAUAGUCCUGAAGGACUUCAAUGGCUGGGAAGUGCAAGCGAUAGUCGAUUUCAUGUACAAGGGAGAGAUCAGCGUCAUACAAGAGCAACUGCAGAGCCUCAUCAAGGCGGCCGAGAGCCUGCAAGUGAGAGGUUUGGCGAAUCAAGAUCCCUUCGGCGUGGACAAAGAAUCCUCCAUCAUCAACCAAACGCCAACCCCCAGUGCUUCGCCAAACGACUACGACAGGAACUACUUUCAAAGCAGCAGGUUCACAUCUUCGGGGGUUACGGUUAGAACCUCCGGGGGGGAUAGAACCUCCCCGUUCUCGCCGGUACCGUCGAACAACAGCUACGAACCUCCGGUGAAGCUACCGCACAUGUCCAGGCUGUCCUUCCCCGAAACCAUACCUCCAGCAAGGGAAUGCCACUCGCCUCUGCCGCGCCGCAAGCAAGCCAGACCUAGACGCAGGUCGGGAGAAUUAUGCGGGGCCCAGGACUUAUCAGUAUCCCUCCAAAAAGAAGCGAACGUGGAAGAAACCGCCGAGAAUUUAUGCAUGAAGAAAACGCCCAAGGAAGACCAACAACCCCAGCAGAAAAUCAAGGAGGAAGUGAAAAGCAGAUCCCCCGAACCGGCUCAAUCCCCGGACAUGGACUUUGGACACCACAAGGAGUUCUCUAUGAGCCACCAGAGCUUGAUGAAGCAGGAGAUCGAGAGUCAUUCGCCGCUUCCGUUUCCGCCGAUGCCCAGCGUGUCAGCUCUUGCCAUGACCCCGCCUCAUAGCAAAUGUAAGCCGCGCGAGGACGACUUCCGGGCAAAAACUGACCAAGCCUCGUUUUUUCCAGUUUUCGGUCUCGACUCUCAUUUGGGCCUGUUCCCGCCAGGUUUGGACGGUUGCAGGAACCCCCUCUUCGACAUGACUGACCCCCGUACCACACCCGACCCCCAGAUGUACGCCAAAAAGAAAAUGGGAAGACCAAAAGGUCAGCAUUCUGCACCACGAGGGGGUCCACCAAGGUCGUGGACGAACGCCGAAUUGACGGAAGCUUUACAGCACGUGUGGAAUAAAAAAAUGACGACCAGCCAGGCUUCGAGAAUAUUCGGGAUACCUUACAACUCGCUGUUAAUGUACGUGAGGGGAAAGUACGGCAAAAGUUUGAAGUUGGAACAAUUAAGGAAAGACUGUAUAGGCGGGCCAAACCCUUCCAUGGACUUAUUAGGUAUGACAGGUGGUAAUAACAACAACAAUAACAAAAGUGAGAGGGAUGAGAUUCAACCCAACACGAGGCCCAGUAGUACGGAGCAUUCGGACCACAAUCAACCGCCGGUUUUCAACCCGUUCGCGCAUAAUUUUUACCCCGACUUUGGUACCGGCUUCCCUAUACCCGUGAGCAUGAUACACCUGCUGCCGCAAGGCGACAAGACGCGCGAGCACUUUUCGCAGCAGCCAAACCCCGAAGAUGACUGUAAAAAAGACAUCGAAGACGGCGAUGACAUGUUCAGGCCGCCGGCGCCCUCUUUCGACGACCGCCGCGAACUAGUUCAACAGAACGGGCAGGACUGAACAUAGAUGGCGCGCUAAACGCCGCUAGUACGUGCAAUGUAACAUAGAUGGCGUCCAGACAUGGGGGGAUUCGUAAGUAAUCAUAUAAUAGGAAAAUGUAUAUUACAAAGGCUAAAUAUGAUUGAAAAAAGUGAUUUUGUUGUUAUUAGACUAAGCUAACGUGCUUCCUGAUUUAUUAUUAUUAUUAUUAUUACUGCUCACCUUUUUCGACGGAAUUUGAUAAUUUUUAUGGAUUGGUGAGCGGGUUAAUCCGGUGUAAAUAAUUAAUUGGAAUUUUUCUGUCAAAUAAGACUGAUUUUUAUCAAUUUGCCAACUCAACUAUAAUAAUCCACAUGGGUUAAAACUACAUAUUAUAACAGUUUUAUUUUUUACUAUACCACUUAUAUACAGUUCCUCAUAUACAGAUUUUUACCAAAUAUUUUACUGAAUAUUCUAUAUACAAAGGUUUUUUGUUCAAUGACUACUCCUCUAAUACAAAUAAUAUUCUGAAAUCUAUCAUAUGUUGGUAUGUUUUAGAAAUAUUAUUUGCAUUACUUCACUUUGCUGCGAUAUUAGAGUUUUUACAUGAUAAUACAGUUUGUACAGUAUACAGUCUAUAGAAACAUACAUACAGUUUUCAACAAUAAAUAUAUUUUUGAUCAUGAGAUCUGCAAUUUUUAUAUAUCCCAUACACAAAUACAACCCUAUAGUACAGAUAAAUAAGUAAUAGGAUGGUCCUGAAUAGGGUCGUUUUUAAAUUUUUAUGCUCCCAGAGUCUUAAAUUGAUACAAAAAAACCCUAAAAAUGUUUUUAAAUUGCAACAUCCCACUUCUGAUACCUCAUUUUUUAUUCCAAUUUCUCGUUACAAAUAUCAAACCAAAGCAUUUUGUUACAAAAAAGUCGUACAAACGAUAUUGAAAAACAAAUAAUAACAAAAUAAUUCGAAUAAAAGUUAAAUAAACAAAAAAUCAUAAAAAAUACAAUUGUUCAACAAUUAUCAACACUUCAGUAGAAUAAGGCCAAGUUUUGUAGACGACAGAUUUGAAGUGACCCCAUAAGAAAAACUCUAUUUCUACAAAAUUACAUUUUUAGGUAUUUUUCUUUAUUAAUAUAAAAGCUGGAAGCAUAAAAACUCAAAACCGACCCUAACGAGUAAAGACAAUUUUUAUACAAUAGUUAUUAUUUGAUUUCACACCAUUUUGGCAAAUUUGAGAGAUGUUGAAAAAAAUAAAGCGGUCACCAUCAUUUACCGGACAAAAUAUAAGAAAAAGCCUUUAGGAUAAAAUUUUAAAUAAAUAAAUCAAUAUGUACAAAAAAAUAUGUUUGGUGUAUAAUCUAUAAUAAGAUUCUAAAUCAUACAGGUAAAAAAAUUAGUAGUUUCGGUGUAAUAAUACGAAUUUUACAUAAUAAGUGUAAAAUCGGUGUAAAAAAAAUAACUUUAGGCAAAAUAAAAACUAGGUAUACGGGCAUUGUACAAAAUUUUCUCUUUCUCAAAAAUUUUAAAAGAAUUUUGGCUGCAAGUAAAUCAACCGCUUACAUCUAACAAUCUAGUUAAAUGAUAAAAUAUAUUUUUACAAUUUUUUUAUUAGAAAUACUAUGAAUAAGACUUUUAUUUGCUCUUGGGUCUGGCAGACCCGCAACUGUUUUUUCGAAAUAAAACGUCGAAAUUUGACCUUAAAAGUCAUCUACAAGGUCAACAAUGUCAAUUUGGCGUUUGACCUUUUAAUUAUCACAUUUGACGUUUUGAAAUGCCAAAACAGUCUAAAUUUCGGCGUUUUUCCUUCAGGGUACUGUCAAAGUUCAAACAAACUUGCAGUUUCAAAAUUAUUAAUCAAUAAAUAAUAUUAAACUAAAACAAUACAAAGUUUUAAGACACAUCACUAGAAAUUAAUGGUAUUAUUUUUUUCGUAUAAAAAAAAUCACGCUGCUUGUUAGUCGGAAAAAAUUAUGUAAGCCAAAAAAACCGACGAAUUUCGAUUGUGCAUUACUUUUGUCCGUCGGUGUACGUGCAGUGCAAUACUUUGGUCCACCAAUGUACAUGGAAAAUCGAAAUUCGUUUGUUCGAUAAUUUAUUUUUAAAAUCUAGGCGGUAAUUUGCAAAGUAUUAUUAUUAUUAAAUAAAAUUACAAAUAGAAUUUUUAAAAUGUGAUAAAAAAUCGCCCCGUGUUGGGGCGAUUGAGUUUGUUAGGUUAUAAUAGUUGAAAGCUGUCAAAAAUCGAGAACGAUCGAUUUUUGACAGUUUUUUUUAGUUAGUGAGAUUUGUGUUACCACUUUUUAAAACUGUCUGUUUUUCUAUUCGUAUUUAUUAAUAUUAUUAUUAUAUUACACUUUUACUAUUUUUGUUUCUUAUUUAUUUAUUACAUGUAGGUACAAAUUCAAAAAACAUGGUUGUGCACUUGAUUUUUGCUUAAUUUUUAGUUUUCGCUUCUAGUUCCUUUGUUUUUUUUGUUUGAUUUUAUGAUAAAACAGUUUUUAGUGAAAAAAUACAAAGUUUGACAUUCGCGACCUUGACGCUCAUUUUCAAGGUCGACUUUGACGUUUCUGUGUGUUUUUUUGACUAUAAACUGACAUUACUUCGCGAUUUAAGCGUUUUUGACGUUUAUGCGCAUUCCUUGACAGAUAAAUAAAAUGGUGCUGGUAUUAAAUUAAGUUGUAAAUAUGUCCCACAAACGAACAGACAUUCCUAUAAAGUAUUAUUAAUUGUAUGAUUUUUUUAUAGUUCCUUAUUUAAUUUGUUUAGUUUUAUAACGAGAGCACUUUUAUAGUAAAGCACGGAAUAUUUUUUUCGAUAUAUUAUUUAUUUUUUUAUUAUCUUUAUUAUUUAAACACACAGGCACAAAAUAGACAAUAUUUAAAGUAUAUAUGUUGAUAUGCAGGGUAUUGUUUAAUUUAAUUAAAUUGAUUAUUAAUUAAUUAAAAAGUACCAAAUAAUACUCAUUAUUAUUUUUCUUUUGUAAAUUUAUUGUUAGUGUAAUGUGCAAUAUACGUUGUUUUUGGAAUUUUUAUUAUGAAUUGGGCAUUAAGAUUUGUAAAAAUUAAAGAAUUUUCGAAAUUCUUCAAAAAAUGGAACUAAACCCUGGCAUUUUGUGUAUAAAAAAUUGAUGUUGCAAUCUAUCUAUAUGGUGCAAUUUGUAAAAAAAAUCAAUAGUUUUAUUAAGAGUAAAAAGUAGCACCUCGUACCUUAUUUCAAUAAUUUCAAGUAAAUUUUUUAUUAAAAAUAAACAACAGGGUAAAUAAACAAUAUCCAAAUAUAUUUAUUUAAAAAUAAUAUAAAAAAAUGUAUACCAAAAAACGAAAUAAUACAGUAUACAAAACACACAAGAGUAUAGAUAGAGAAGCAAGAAAAUUUUAUAAAAAAAAAAUUAUAAAAUUUUCUUGCCAACGUACGAGGUGUAUGAAACAUUGUAAUAUAAAUAUGUAGGUACAUAUAAAAAUAGAUAUUUGAUAUAUAGUUAGGCUUAGUUUUUGAUGAUGUUGAAUAAAAUUAAAUAAAGCUUCGUGAAAAAAAUCAA